AUGCGACUAUUAACUCGACUGUCAGCAUGUGUGAUUACAAGAGGGAUUGUCUGGAAUAGCACAUCUCAUCGCUAUAUCUCUCGCGCCAGCGUCUCAACACUUCACGCCAAAAUCAACAGCCCACCACCAAGAAUCGUCAAAAGUGAGGGUUCUUGGCUGCAAACAAACACAGGGCAUAGGAUACUAGAUGCAUCUUCAGGUGCAGCUGUCGUAUCUAUCGGACACAAUGAUUCAAGAGUCAAAGCAGCAAUUACCGCCCAGUUGGAUCAAGUAGCGUAUUGCUACAACCCCUUCUUCACAACUGAAGCUGCCGAAAAGAUAUCGGGAUUCCUAACUGACUCUACAAACGGACAGAUGUCCAAGGUGUUUGUAGUCAGCUCUGGAACCGAGGCCGUGGAAGCAGCUUUGAAAAUCGCCCGUCAAUAUUUCACAGAACUACCGACCCCGCAACCAAACCGAACCAAAUUCAUCGCGCGCAAACAAUCCUAUCACGGAAAUACACUCGGAUCCUUGGCAGUUGGGGGCCAUAAAGCACGACGAGGUGUAUACGAGCCCGUUCUCGCGACGAAUGUGUCCCACGUAUCGCCAUGUUAUCCUUACCGAGAGAUGAAACAGGGCGAGACAGAAGAACAAUAUGUUGAGCGACUCGCUAAAGAGCUAGAUGACGAGUUUAAACGCGUGGGACCCGAUACCGUGUGUGCAUUCAUUGCAGAGACGGUCUCUGGAACGUCAUUGGGAUGUGCAACACCUGUACCCGGAUACUUCAAAGCCAUGAGAGAAGUCUGCGACCGUCACGGAGCCCUUCUGAUUAUGGACGAGGUCAUGUCCGGCAUGGGUAGAACAGGCACUCUGCACGCUUGGGAACAAGAAGACGUCGUACCCGAUCUUCAAACUAUUGCCAAAGGUCUCGGAGCGGGUUAUAUGCCAGUCGGUACCCUGCUUGUCGGAAACAAAGUUGCAGACGCUCUAGAAAAAGGAUCAGGUGCUUUCUCUCACAGUCAAACAUAUCAAGGUCAUCCUGUUGCGUGUGCAGCUGCAUAUGCUGUACAAACGGUCAUGAAAGAGGAUAACAUGCUGCAAAACGUGCAAGAAAUCGGGAGGAUUCUGGGCGAGAAGCUGAAAGAAAGGUUGUCGAGUCACAAAAAUGUUGGGGAUAUCAGGGGAAGAGGGCUGUUUUGGGGGCUGGAGUUUGUUCGAGACAAAAACACAAAGGAGCCUUUCCCGCUGGGCGAUCAAAUUGCGGGAAAGUUACACAAGACUGGCUUGGAUGCUGAUCACGGUAUUUCACUGAUUCCCGCAACUGGAAACAUCGAUGGCAUGCGCGGUGACAUGGUCAUCAUAUCGCCUUCAUUCACAAUCACGGAAGAGGAAGUUGAUAUGAUUGUGGACAGAGUCGAAAAGGUGGUAACAUCUGUACUCGGUUCAUAG